CCAUAAUUGGGUCGCAAAUUGAAAAAAGCUGAUUACGAUUCCAUAACCUCUUUACCGACCACAGUACAUGCAGUUUUGUAUUGUAAUUAAACAAGAUAUAGUGGAAAGUAGUGGUGGUUUUAGCAAAAUGUCCAGGCCACUAUUGUUAAUUAUAUUGCUAUUUUUGAUGGUGUUGACUUCUCAGUUUGAUUGGAACCAUAAAAUCAUAGCCGCCGAAUCACAAGCACGAUCAUCGGCUUUGUCGAAUAAGCAACGUUAUGUUCUCGACAGGCGAGAAUCUGUUAAAGAGAAGAUAAUCUUAUCUCAGGAAAAGCAUAUCCAGAAACUUAAAACACUUGUGCAGUCUCUUCAAGAACAGUUGCUGCUGUGCAGCAGUGGAAAGGAUGAGUUUGUAAAUGACAUUACCAGUUCAUUGACUGAACUAUUAAAUGACCCCAGACAGAAGCAAGUCUUGGAAUAGUCAAGAUCAUCUUCCCUCUGUAGAUUUAUGAAUACAUGGGUGAAUAGGCAAGAUUUGUUGUUCAUAUUGUAUUGGCCUCUAAAGCAGGUUAGUUAUCAAAUCCUUACAUUUUAAUGACAUCAACUCUUCAUGCUAACGGGUUGUGCUCAUAAAUUGUAUACUUAAUGUGUUGCAUUUAUAUUAAUAGUUGGUCGUCUGUGUGUUUAGUUUUGUAACAUGUGCACAUUCAAUACUCUAAGCUACCAUCUAUUUAUCAGAUUGAAAAAAUACCGGAAAAA